AUGACGAUGGGAUUUUUUCACAAAUUCCGAUACUUCUUUGUGAAUUUCCUGAGGGAGACAUCAAUUCACGGCUUCGUGCACAUCGUCUCAAUUGGUGUUCAUCUAAUUGAACGAACAAUGUGGUUUUCUUUUGUGGCUUUGGCAUUCUAUGGCACAGCAUCAUUGAGUCAGAGAAUCUGGCAGCGUUAUCAGGAGUCCCCAACGGUGAUCUCCAUUGAUAGAAAUAUGUUUUUCUGGAAUACAACAUUUCCCGCUGUAACUGUAUGCCCCCAUCGCCAUAUUGAUGACGACAAGCUUACAAACUACCUCAACAGUAAUCCCGCGAAAUUCCCAACGCAGGACGACAGGGAGGAAUUUACGGAGUUUAUCAGUAAAUUAUCAGGCGCAACGUUUGAGAACUUUGACGAAGUUCCAAUGAAUAGAACAUUUGGUAUUCCCAGCAGUGACUACAUGGAGCUGAUUUGGAAUCUCUCAUGGCCAUUUAGUCCGGAAGUCAGCAGUGGACUGACUAAUAAACUAACACUCGUGGAAACUAUCACAGAACUAGGAAUUUGCUAUGCCAUAAAUUCCCACAUAGCAGCCUACAAUUCAUUCCAGUACAGGAAAGCAAAUAGUUGGCAUCUCAUCCCGUCCAGCAGUACGGUCACGGUUCAUCCGUUGGAUGGCGAAAUUUAUGCACAAAUAAUCAACUUGUCAACGGCAUACGAGGUUUAUUUCCACGCGGCUCUGGAUAUUCCGGACAUCUCUAAGAGGCGCUACUCAUUCGACGACACCGGUUAUGCUACAGUUGAGCUGACAGCGCUUGAAAUUCGUACUACAACAGAUGCACGAGGGCUUUCUGUUUCCCAGAGACGCUGCCGCUUUACCGAUGAGGCGGGAAACAUGGAGUUCAGCCCUGUGUACAGCUUCAAUCUCUGUCGCGUGGAAUGUCGCAUCCGAAUUGCAUUGGAUGUGUGCCAGUGCAUCCCUCAUUUCUAUCGUAGCCGCACAAGGAGUGGCCACCAAUAUCCUGUGUGCGACUUCGAUGGGAUGAAGUGCUUAGCAGGAAUUAAGGAUGAAAUCAUUGCGCUGCAUUCCGAUAGAAUGAAAAUCAAAUGCAAAUGCGAGGAGAAUUGCGAUAAUUCCAACUUUUUAGUCCAAUCCUAUAAAUCCCGGGUGUGGUUUUUGGGUGCCAAUCUCCAGUGGGGCAUCAGUGAUUAUCCCAAAAUGCAGCUCAUCCGCGACGUCCUGUUUCGCUUCACGGAUUUACUCGUCUACAUUGGUGGAACUGCUGGCUUAUUCCUGGGAUGUAGUCUACUUAGCUUCACGGAAUUCAUCUAUUUCUUCUCCUGGCGCCUCCUGAAAUUCCUCAUGGCACGCAAUUGGAUGGAUUUUCGCCUCUAA